AUGUGGAAAUUUGGAGUAUUUGCCGUCUUUCUACCUCUUAUUUCCUGUCAGGUUAUCAGCAAUCCCAAACCUGAUCCUUUCACUGACUUCACCAAUUAUAUCAUCUGGUAUCCCGAAACCAACGCCGUGCAAUGGCACACGCUGUACGCUCGCUCGCUCCAGCUGCCAGACGAGUCUCUACUUAUUACGUGGGAGAACUACCCCAAAGAGCCACCACUGGUGAACCAUCCCAUCUACAAAUCCGUCGAUGGAGGUUCAACCUGGACCAAUUUCUCCGCGAUCACUGACGAGAAAAAUGGCUGGGGAAUGCGGUUUCAACCUGAGCUGUUCACCUUGCCAGUAGGCUUCGGUGGAUACGCUGCAGGAUCUAUUCUUGCUGCGGGUGUAUCGGCCCCGUUCAGUCUCGAGGGUGGCGUCUAUAUCGACCUCUAUAUCAGUGAAGAUGAGGCCGCAACAUGGACAUUUGUUAGCCACAUCGCCUACGGCGCCGGCCCAGAGACCAUCACCAACGGCAACGCCGCCCUCUGGGAACCCUGGUUGAUGCUCUAUGACGGGCAGAUCGUCUGCUUCUUCUCUGAUCAGCGCGAUCCACUGCACAGCCAGAAGCUGGUCCAUGUCAGCACCACUGACCUCCGGCAUUGGUCGGACCCCGUCCCGGAUGUAGCAUACGCAAGACAGGCCGAUCGACCCGGCAUGACAACAGUCGCGCACAUCGAAUCAACGGAUUCUUACAUCAUGACAUACGAGUAUUGUGGUCAGGGUAAUUGUGAUGUGUAUUACAAGGUUGCCUCGUCCCCAUUGGAAUUCGACUCGGCUGAGGGGAUUCCGCUUGUUUCCAAUGAUACGAACCCGAUCACGCCCCAUAACACGCCAUAUGUGAUCUGGACACCGCACCCUGAUCGGACGGAUGGGUCUGGACUGAUUAUUGUCAGCGCGCUCAGUCACGAGGUAGUCUUUGUGAAUGAGGAUUCGGCAGAUCCGGAUGGAUGGAAGACGGUCGAUGUGGGUAUGUGGUCGGCCUAUUCGCGGAGUAUGAGGAUAAUCACCCUUCAGGGUGAGAAGAAACUGCUUUUUGCGAAUGGAGGCAAUAUGGGCAAUCCGGAGGAUAAUUCAGUUGCGUGUGGUGUCGUUGAGAUACCUACUUAG